AUGGUACCAGCAGUAAAUCCUCCUACCACAUCACACCACGUGGCAGUAAUCGGUGCUGGAGCAGCCGGACUCGUGGCUGCUCGAGAGCUCCGCCGUGAGGGCCACUCUGUCGUUGUUUUCGAACGUGGGAACCAAAUCGGAGGCGUGUGGGCUUACACGCCUAAUGUCGAACCUGACCCGCUUAGCAUUGACCCGACCCGACCCGUAAUCCAUUCGAGCCUCUAUAGUUCUCUCCGAACAAUCAUCCCACGAGAAUGCAUGGGUUUCACUGAUUUCCCGUUUUCGACUGGACCCGAAAACAAGUCUAGAGAUCCGAGACGACAUCCGGGUCAUAUAGAGGUUCUUGCAUACCUGAAAGACUUUGCGAGGAAGUUCAAGAUGGACGAGAUGAUUCGGUUCGAGACGGAGGUUGUGAGGGCUGAGCCGGCGGCGGAAAAUCCAAAAAAGUGGAGAGUCGAGUCUAGAAACUCCGGUGAUAUCUCCGACGAGAUUUAUGAUGCCGUAGUUGUUUGUAACGGUCACUAUACAGAGCCUCGUCAUGCUCUAAUCCCUGGCAUAGAUUCAUGUCCUGGAAAGCAAAUUCACAGCCACAAUUAUAGAAUUCCAGAUCAAUUUAAAGAUCAGGUAAACAGUGGAAGCUCAGUGAGCGGAGUCGAUAUAAGCAGAGACAUAGUAAAUGUUACAAAAGAAGUCCAUAUAUCUUCAAGAUCAACUAAACCGGAAACAUACGAAAAACUUUCCGGUUACGACAACUUAUGGCUUCACUCUAAUAUUGAAACUGUCCGAGAAGAUGGUUCGGUGGUAUUUAAGAACGGAAAGACGGUUUACGCUGAUACUAUUAUGCACUGCACCGGGUACAAAUAUUACUUCCCAUUUCUCGACACGAAAGGCGAAGUGACCGUUGAGGAUAACCGUGUUGGACCAUUAUAUAAGCAUGUUUUCCCACCAGCUCUUUCUCCGGGACUUUCAUUCAUCGGAUUACCAUGGCAGGUCAUUCUUUUUCCAAUGUUUGAACUCCAAAGCAAAUGGGUAGCCGCGGUUUUGGCUGGUAGGUUUGUAUACGAUAAUUGGCUUGCUGAUCAAUGUGACUAUCCUCGUAUCGAGAAAUGGAGAGAGCAAAUGUUUUACAAGGUGUUCAAGAGAAUACAAUCCCAAUCCAGUACAUAUAAGGACGAUUGGGACGAUGAUCACCUCAUCGCAGAAGCAUAUGAAGAUUUCGUCAAAUUCCCAUCUAACUAUCCCAGUUCUUUAAUCGAAAGAGAAUAUACAAGCUGA